CAUAUCACCUACUGCAUUGUAUCAUUUUCCCUGGGUGCUUGAUGUGUUGUCAAACUUCUUUGCUGUUGCUGCUGCUUUUAUACUAACAGGGGAGUUAAGAACCCAUGAAUGUUUCCGUUUGACACAAACAGGAGGAAUUGCUUCUAAAUCGUGCACUAAAGAUGAUUGGAGGAAACAUUUCUGUUGCAGUUGAUAUACUGGAGACCAGAACAAAAGCAAUUUAUCACAUCAAAACCAACCAUAUGAACUAUUAGCAUUGUUGCUUUACUCUUUUUUCGUGGUUGAGUCUCCUUCAAAAAAUUUAGUUUGAUUUUAGAAAAUUUUUCUUCUGCAGUCCUGUCUUGCCACCAACGCGUUCAGUAGAUGGAGAUGGCAGAGGCGAAGGCUAUUUUUGUGUUGUUGUUGCUGGUUUAGGGAUCGGUUUGUGAAGAAGAGGGAGAAGAGAGGGGGAAAGGGAAAUGCAGGAGAGGGGGGUAACUCUUUUCUCCGGCAAAAAUGGAGUGAAGAAAGGAAUUAUGAUCAGUAAGAAUAUGGUUACCUUACAUAACGGUCUCUAUUCUGUUUGAAAUGAGCUUGGGAGGCAGUGUUAAAGACGAGCUGCAACCAAUUCAUAGUGAGAAGAGAGCUAUGAACUGUGAUCAUGUCUUAUUUCAAGUUAGAAGGUAGUUUCAGUAUAAGGAUUAUUUAAUUUGACAAGUUGUUUCGUCCAUGAUUCUUGGUAGUUUCAGUGCCAUUCUAGCCAUUGUUUAGUCUGUAAUUUUUGAGAAUUGAUGUGCGAGUAAUGACUUUCACUUAGCUUCAACUAUUAUGUGUGUAUUUAUUGGCAUGUGAUAGAAAUCUCUUUUCCUUUUCUUUGAAUUCAGUUUCAUACUCUAAUUGUAUCAUUUGUACAUAGGCAAAUCAUGCUCGAGAUGACAACUCGCUAAUAUGGCUGGUGCAAGGAACGAAAGCUAUCAUUAGAAUUCAGACCGACAACGGGGAGGAAUGCCCAGGACUAAUUUAAUGAUGAUUGAUGAUGGUAUAAUAAAAACUGCAGUCUGCAUCAGCAUCAAUUUCUAGGCCUAAGUAAAGUUAUUCAACCCAGAACUCUGCUUAGCGCUAAAAAUUUCCCUCGCCCAACCUUGAUCCUGUUUGACCCACUUCUGAAGAGUCAAGAUAUAUGACUAAUCCUCUCCGUUCGUAUUUUCUUAUUGACUCUUACUGACCCUUUAGGUUAGGACGGGUCGGGAAGAAUCAGAUUAGUGGGUUGGUCCUAAUAAAGUGGAAUCCCAAUCCCUUCAUUCUCACUUGCUUUCUCUCCCAUUCCACAAACAGAAACCAAAGAUAACUCAUGUAUGCUACAUUGUACGUUAUCUUGACCGAUGCUCUUUACUGGUGAAUGAGUCUUCUUUCUUUGUCAGUGCAUCAUACUUUAAUAUUUUAUAACUGUUUUGUGAAGUAGAAAUUGUAGUGGUAUAACUACGACAAGAUGGUAAGUGGUAACUGAGAAAAAAAUACCAGCUGUGAUUUGAUCGGGCCGUGGAACGAUGUGGAAGAUUACUGUGAUUUGGUUGUUCUCAAGUUAUUCUUGCCAAUGGGUUACUGAAAGUAGUUGGUCAAAGGUCGUGGCUUUAUUUAUUUAUGGAGUUUCUGAAGGUUUUGUGAGGCAAAUAUACCUUCCUUUCUUAAUGUAGAUAUAUAGUAGGCAAUUAUGCGUUCCUUUCUUAAUUAAUGUACAUACAUAGUAGGCAAUUAUACGUAGUUGUUGGAUGACCCAUAUAUUGCUAGAACUUUUGGAUGGUUGAGUUGCAAACUCUUUUGGGCCAUCCGGACGAGGGAUUAUGAUAAUUAGGAAUUUAUAUGUAGGAUGUGUGGCAAAUAGUUUGAGCCCCCUCCAAUUUACUAAUGACUGUUCCAAACCCAAAAUUGCACAAUAGCUCAAUUGUUGGGCGUGAAUUAAACAAUUUUGUAUAUGGAUUACAGCUUUGGAAAUGUUAAUAUAGUCAACUGAUUCUCCUGAGUUUUGUGUUAGAGCUUAUGAACUUACAGGUGAUGCGGAUUCAAUGGUCUUCCGCAGUAUGUUCGUAGGAUAUAUGCAGUAUGUUGCAGUGUGGAAGUACUUUUGCUUUAUAUAUGUUGGUAGGAUAUAUUAUGCUUCCUUUGUUUUAAAAAUUGAUGUGCUCUUUUCUGUAUACACCAGCAGACUUGCCAUUUUCCCAACCCAUAUGUUCAUGUCCAAAUUAUCUAUUUGCGACAUGUAGGCUGUAAAGCAAGAACCUGGAAGUGUUGACAACUAAGUUUCAGAUGCAUUAUUUGUUUUAUAAAGGGUCAAACUGCAGCUUCGGAAAUGUUAAUAGAGGUUAACUAAUUCUCCUGGGUUUUGUGUUAGAGCUUAUGAACUUACAGUUGCGGUGCGGAUUCAAUGGUCUUCUGGAUCUCGAUUUAAGAUGCCCCUCCAGAAAAAGGAUUCGUCUAGCAUUUGUCAAGUUGUCAUCCUAUUAAAUAUUAAUAUUUGUUUUUUUUAAUCUUGGGAAGCACAUAGUAUCAGGAUUGCAGUUGAUGUCGGGCAAGUAAAUUCAUGAAGAAAUAUGAAUUGAUGGACCGGGUUGUGUAAAGUGUCAAUAUUAUUUGCCAAAAAAAAUAUGGUACUUCCUUACUUCAUAUAAUUUAUAUGUAUUUUCAUCAACAUUAUAGUGCUUUUAAAUGUAUGAACUACUUCUAAAUCUUUCGUGAUGUAACUGUGGGUAUCGAUACUAAUAUUUUUUAAAUGCAAAAUGACUGACCAUUACUUAAUUAUUACCAAAAUCUAUUCAUAAUGAUUACUUCACAACAGACCAACGGGCCGAGCAAAGACGCAUUCAAGACGCAAGCUGAUGUGUAGAUAUUCGCAACAGUUCUGCGGCCAAUUCUUUUGGGCUAUCUCCGGCCAAGGGGCCGGGUAAUAAGCUAGUUAAAUUAUCUAUGACGGGAAAAAAAAAACAAUUAAACAACGGGAAGUCAGGAACUGUGACGCUACGGCUACGUAUAGAAAAUCGGAUGCGCAAACCACUAGUCAAGAAAGCACUCCAAGCGUGAGCGAGAGAAGAGAGAAGACGACACCAAGGGGCAUCCAAUGAUAUAGCGCCACGUCAAAAAUCCCCUACCGGAAAAAGCCAUUUCUCCAUUUCAUCAAGUGACAGAGACAGACGGAAAAACACUGCUCUGUAUCAGUAUCAACCCAUCAGACGCACCGCAGCACCGCAACAAUGGCUGCCCGAUAUAGAUAUCAGUGCUCAACAGCUCUUGAUCUCUCACUCCCCUGCUUGAACUGAUUAACCCACCACUCCCUCUCUUCAUCUGCUUCUGGUUGUUCUUCUCUCUCGCUCGCCGCCGGUAAUCAUUGCCCAGGUCAGGGUCUCCUCUUAACCAACACCUACAGCUGUGGCUCACCGUUUGGAUUCUCCCUUCUUACUGGGUUUUUUUUAGGUUUUCAUUCGAUCUCCAUUUCUCUUCUCCUCAGGGGGUUUGGUUAGGGUUUUCUAGUCAUGGGCUCAGUUGCCGGCAGUAAAUGGGACGACGACGACGACGGCGAGUAUUCCGUCAUCGGGGACAAAGGCGAAAUCGGGUUCAUCGAUUACCAGGAAGACAGAUCCGUCUGCAAUUUCGACCCAACGGAGGAAGGCCCCGUCGUGAUCUCCGUCCCAUUCCCCAUGCACGACGGGAAGCCGCAGUCGGUUUCCGUAGGAGAAACAGCCGCAGCUCCCAUCACCAUCAAGAACACCACCGACGAAGCCGUCGAGCUGUGGGCCAAAAUCUACGCCUCCACGCCGGUGGAUUCCUUUCAACUCUCCCUGAUGGAGCCGCUUCCUCCUUCCGCCGGAAAUGCUGCCGGCGGUUUCCUCGGAUGUUUUGCUCUGGAGGACAGAAUGAUCCAGCCCGGCGAGACGCUGAAAUUGUGGCUGUCCUGCAAACCGCAGGAGAUCGGAAUGUACACUUCCGUCGUCCAUUUCGAUGUGUCCGGCGACAGGAUUGAGAGGGUGGCCUUCAUCCUGGCCGAGGAUAAGAUAUCCCAGUCCUUGGCUUCCAGGAAGCCAUACUCGAGAACUGUGAAGAAGAAUCACUACGCCGUCACUGAAUUCGUCAAGGGCACGAAUCCUAGGAGGGCUGCGGGCAGGCCGGUGAAGAAGAGGCUUCCCAGGUACGAGAUUCCAAAGGAGAUGAGAGAAAAGAUUGAGAACAAGGAGAUACCUGAAGAGGUCACCUCAGGUCUAAGUAGAGAGAACUAUGCUGAGUACUUCAAGACACUGUUGAUCAUGGAAGAAAUACAGUUGGAGGAGGAUAUGAGGGCUUACGAUAUGGAGCGGGUUGUAAUGAAGAAGAGAGGGAGCUUUCUUUCGCUCGUGGUGCCAGGGCUCGCUGAGCGAAGGCCUUCUCUCGUCCAUGGAGAUUAUAUCUUCGCAAAGCCUGCGCAAUCAGAUGAAUCCAUUGUCCCUUAUCAGGGAUAUGUGCACCGAGUCCAGGCUGAUGAAGUAUAUUUGCAGUUCAACCCACAGUUUCACUUGAGCCACAUGGAUGGGAAUCUAUAUGAUGUGCACUUCACUUACAACAGAGUCAAUAUCAGGAGACAGUAUCAAGCCAUUGAUUCAGCUCGAGAUUUGGAAACCGAGUUCCUAUUCCCAUCUGAGGCCCUUGAACAUAGGCUUAUUCAACCACAGUCUCUGAUCCCUAUAGCAAGAAAUAUCAACGAGGAGCAGAAGUCUUCAAUAGAGAUGAUUCUCGGGUGUACAGGAGGUCCUCCAUAUGUCAUUCAUGGUCCGCCAGGUACAGGCAAAACCAUGACUAUAGUGGAAGCGAUACUUCAGCUUUAUAGAAGCAGGAGAAGUGCUCGGAUUCUUGUGUGUGCACCGUCAAACAGUGCAGCAGACCAUUUGCUGGAUAAGCUUCUCUCCCAGGAGGCUUUUAGUGUUCGUGAGAACGAGAUAUUUCGCCUGAAUGCAACAGCCCGUUCGUUUGAUGAGAUUAAACAAGAUCACAUACGGUUUUGUUUUUUUGAUGACCAUGUCUUCAAGUGUCCUCCAUUUGGUGCCCUCUCUCGGUACAGGAUCAUCAUAUCGACAUAUAUGAGUGCUAGCCUUCUUUAUUCUGAAGGGAUUAAUCGAGGUCAUUUCUCCCACAUUUUCUUGGAUGAGGCGGGGCAAGCUUCAGAACCAGAGAGCAUGAUUCCAAUUUCCAACCUUUGCCAGAAGGACACGGUUGUUGUUCUGGCUGGAGAUCCGAUGCAAUUGGGUCCGGUGAUACUUUCCCGAGAUGCUGAAUCAUUUGGACUUGCCAAGUCAUACUUGGAGAGGCUUUUCGAAUUUGAAUCUUAUUUGGAAGAAGAUGAAAACUACGUGACGAAGCUUGUUAGGAACUAUCGCUGCCAUCCUGAGAUUCUGUAUCUGCCUUCAAAGCUAUUCUACAAUGGAGAGUUGGUGGCUUGCAAAGAUUCUACUGAAAGUUCUACUUCUUUGCUAAAACUGCUGAAUUUCAUCCCCGGCAAUGAGUUUCCUACAAUCUUCUUUGGUAUUCAAGGGCUUGAUGAAAGGGAAGGAAGUAAUCCAUCAUGGUUCAAUCGAAUUGAAGCAAGCAAGGUAGUUGAGGUGAUCAGGAAGCUGACGACUUGUGGAAAUCUGAAUGAGGGUGACAUUGGAGUUAUUACCCCUUAUAGGCAGCAAGUUACCAAGAUAAAGAAGGUCCUGGAUGACUUGGACAUGACUGACAUCAAGGUUGGAAGCGUUGAACAGUUUCAGGGGCAGGAAAAGCAAGUCAUUAUAGUGUCUACUGUUCGAUCGACGAUUGUGCACAAUGAGUUUGACAAAGUCCACUAUUUGGGAUUCUUGAGUAAUCCAAGGAGGUUCAACGUUGCAAUAACCCGUGCUAUAUCUUUACUUAUCCUUAUUGGAAACCCACAUAUCAUCAGCAAGGAUGAGUACUGGAAUAUGCUCUUAUGGCGCUGCUCAGACCAUGAGUCUUACAAAGGCUGUGCUCUUCCAGAAAGGCAGGAUCACAGCGAUGGGUAUGGAGUGCAGGAUAAUGGUGGUGACUAUGGUGAAAGAAACAGCCAUCUGGCCUCUGGAGAAGAAGGUGAAUGGGGUCAAGACUCAUUAUCACAGGCUAGUACUCGAGCAGCAGAUGUAGGUGCAUGGGUUCAAGACUCGUAUCAGGCCAAUGCUCAAGUUCCUGGGACUGAUGAAGCUGAAUGGUCCGACGGUUGGAAGUAGUCAAGUAAAAUGUGUUCUAAUCUAUGUUCUUAGGGCAGUAAACUACCUCUAGCUCUACUCAGAAUCCUCAGAUGUCUUUUUGUCAAUUCCCCUAGUAAGUAUGCACUCAGUACCAUUCACAUGGCAAAUCACUAGAACUUGUGGAAAUUUA